AUGCUUGCUUAUGGCGCGGCCGCAGGCGACGUUAUGCGAGAGGCAGUGCAGGUGAAGGAAGGACGAGCAGCGUCAGGACAAGGAGCCGCGUCAGGCGGGGCCAUGGAGGUGAUGAUGGCGCGAGUGCGAGUUGCUGGCGGGAAAGGCGCGAGUGGGAGCGGCGCGCUGCCCGAGGUGCCGAAUGUGUUUCCGCACGCUCCUGACAACCCGGAAGAAGUCGGCACAUACGUGCCCAUCGAAUUCAGGAGCGUGUGCGGCUCAAGAGCCGGCCGCUGGGCAUGCACAUCAGCAGCGACGAGCAGACGAGCGUAUGUUUGUCACUACCCGAACUGCCCGAACCGGGCAGCAGGGGACAGAAAUUUGGAGGACGAGGAAGGGGAGUAUGACGAGUCGUGCAGCCACAAGGCGGAUCAUGGGCUGCGCGAGCCAUGGGCUCUGCAGAACUUUCAGCUGGCGGAUGUGUACAUAACGCAUGACGGGUUUCUGUUCAACGCCACGCAUCAGUUUGUGCGUGGCGGGUGCCAUCAAAUCGGCAAGGUGAGCCAUGCGUCAACAUCUUGCCUUUCUGCUCCUUCCCACCCUGCAUUCAUUCCUCCAUCCCUCCCAAUCGAGCCAUACCUUAGCAUCUUACCAUCCGUUCACCCGCGUCGCAUGCCCCAGCUCGUGUACGCCUUACUCCCGUCCACUUCAUUCUUCUCCCCUGCCCGGUCAUCCCUGUCACCCCUUUCCACCCCUUUUCACCGCACUGCUUCUCCCCACACCGUGCAGUACACCUUCUCCCCAGUGGCGGCGUUGCACGAGUUGCAUGGAGCAUGGAGCUGGGCGUACGUGUCGGGCGGCAACUUCUACCACAUGCUUGCAGAGGCGCUGCCAGCCUUUGUGGUGGCAGCACGCCUCUUCCACAAGUACCGCAAGUACCCCAUCCUCGCCACAGGUGCGCAGUGGAGGGUGUAUGAUCUUGUGGGAGCUGCGAUCACGGGCAUUCCUCGUGCGAGCAUGAGAGCACUUGCCACGUUCCAAGGGGAGAUUUACCACGCAGCGUGGAUGCAGCAGCCCAUGUUCCAGCAGUGUGGCACGCCCAGCAGGGCUCUCUGGCACACCAUUCGCUCGCGCCAUUUCCUCCACCCCGACGGUCUGCCUCUCUUCAACCCCGACUGGACCUACCGCGACCUGCCGCCCCUCACUGACGCACAGAUGGCUCUCCUGCCUGCUGAUUGGGUGGUGGUGCUGGCAAAGCGCCCGGGCAGGAAGCGAGCCAUCAUCAACUUUGCUGAGCUGGAAUCGGCUGUCAAGAAGAUAUUUCCCGACAGGGUGGUGACGUUUAACGGGUCAAUGGGGAUACUCGAAGCACGUGACUUGUUUCGCCGGGCGCGGCUGUACAUAGGCGGCCAUGGUGCAGCGCUGGCAAACAUGGUCUUCAUGCCAGCACAGUCUACGGUUCUGGAGGUCCGUCCAAAUGGGGCCUCCCCUGCUGCAGCUGACUCUCAAGCUUCGCCGUCGCCCCCUCCCGGCAAUUGGUACGUGCACAAGUUUGGCGGAACGUGCGUGGGAACAUGGGAGCGCAUCCGUUCCGUCGCCGACAUCGUCACUUCCGACACUGGCCGGGGAGCCGCCCCGCGGCACCGCUUCGUGGUGGUUUCCGCCAUGGCAACGGUCACAAACGCGCUGUACGCGUCAGUGGCGGCGGCGGAGGCGGGGACCUGGGCGGACGUGGAGAAGCAGCUGAGCGCGCUGAGGGAGAAGCACGAGGAGACGGCGACGCACCUGCUGGGACCAGACGGCGAGGAGCUCGAGACGUUCCUGAAGCUGCUGAGGGAAGAUAUCGGCAACCUGGCGUCCAUGCUGAGAGCUAUUUCUAUAGUGCGGCACACCACUCAUGCGUUCUCCGACUUCGUGGUGGGGCACGGGGAGCUGUGGUCCGCGCGCCUGCUCUCCGCCACCAUCCGCAAGCAAUCCGGCGGGCCGUGCGCGUUCCUGGAUGCGCGCGACGUGCUGGUGGUGGAGGCGGCGGGGCAGCACGUGAACCCGCUCUACUCCAUCUCCUCCGCCAACCUCGCGCGCUGGUUCGCGGACGCGGGGCAGCCCGCGCUGCUGGUGGCGACGGGGUUCAUCGCGCGCGACCCCGAGGGCGCGCCCACCACGCUCAAGCGCGACGGCAGCGACCUGUCCGCCGCGGUGUUCGGCGCGCUGCUGCACGCGAAACGGGUUACCAUCUGGACGGAUGUCGACGGCGUGUUCUCCGCCGACCCGAGGAAAGUGAAGGAUACGGUGGUGCUCUCCUCUCUCUCUUACGAGGAAGCCCUUGAGCUGUCGUACUUCGGCGCGAACGUGCUGCAUCCGCGCACGGCACUGCCCGUGAUGCGGAACAACAUCCCGCUGCUCAUCCGCAACGCCUUCAACCUCGCGGCGCCCGGCACGCGCAUCGGCCCGCUCUCGUCCCCGCCCUCGUCGCCGUCGCUGCCCGGCACCAACGGCGAGGCGUCCAUCGUGAAGGGCUUCGCCACCAUCGAAGACGUCGCUCUCGUCAACGUCGAGGGCACGGGCAUGGCGGGUGUGCCGGGUACAGCAGCGGACAUUUUCGUAUCCGUCAAGAACGUGGGAGCCAAUGUCAUCGCCAUCUCGCAGGCGAGCAGUGAGCACAGUGUGUGUCUCGCCGUGCCCUCGCAUGAGGCAGCAAAAGUGGCAGCAGCGCUGCGAACAACCUUCAAGGACGCAAUAGCCGCAGGGCACAUAGCAGACGUGGCAGUGAUCGACAACUGUGCCGUGCUCGCUGCCGUGGGCAAGGGCAUGCCCGCCACGCGGGGGGUUUCAGCUGCUCUCUUCGGCGCUCUGGCGGAGGCUGGUGUGAAUGUGCGGGCCAUCGCACAGGGGUGCAGUGAGUACAACAUCACCAUUGUGGUCGACCAGAAAGACAUCGCCGCUGCACUCACUGCUGCACACAGCCGCUUCUACUGCCCCACAGGCGCUGCUGCUGUUGCUGUUGCUGUUCCUGCUGCGGCUGGGGUGGCUGGGAGCGCGGCUCCUCCGUUGGAUCUGCCGGCUGCUGCUGUUGCUGCUCCUGCGGGCGGGGUGACGACGGUGGCGGUGGCAGUGGUGGGGCCGGGGCUCAUUGGCGGCACCUUCCUGGACCAGCUGCGCGACCAGGCGGCGUAUCUCCUGGCCACGUACUCCCUGCGCCUGCACGUGGUCGCCAUCGCUGACCUCCGCGGCUCGUUGCUCACCACUGGCAGCCACGUGGACCUCCCCAAUUGGCGCGAGCAGCUGAAGAAGGAGGGCACGUCCGUGCCUCUGCCAGCACUCACGGCCGCCCUCACAGCCCUGGCCACAGCAGGCAAGGCGCCGGGGACAGCAGCAGGGGGAGAGGAGGCGCAGGCGUGGGUGAAGGCGCUGGGGGGAGGCAGCCAGGUGCACGUGGGUCUGGCGGAUUGCACUGCGAGCGAAGCAGUGGCGGACUGCUAUGCGGCGUGGAUGAAGGGUGGCAUCACUGUCAUCACCCCCAACAAGAAGGCCAGCUCCGGCCCCCUGCCACGGUUGGCGGAGAUGGCAGCAGCACGGAAGCAGGGCGGGUCGCGCUUCUUCUAUGAGUGCACGGUGGGAGCAGGGCUGCCAGUCAUCUACACGCUCAGGCGCCAGCUGGACACAGGCGACAAGCUCGUGCGGUGUGAGGGCAUCUUCAGCGGCACGCUGUCCUACAUCUUCAACUCACUGGACGGCAGCAAGCCGUUCAGCCAGAUAGUGAGUGAGGCCAAGGCAGCAGGGUACACGGAGCCGGACCCACGGGACGACCUCAAGGGCAUGGACGUCGCCAGGAAGGUCGUCAUCGUGGCACGUGAAGCAGGCCUGCAGCUCGAGCUCUCCGACGUGCCUGUGCAGUCGCUCGUGCCCAAGCCACUGGAGGACGUUGCCUCGGCCGAUGAGUUUCUUGCCCGCCUGCCCGAAUUCGACUCAGACAUCACUGACAAGCUCAAGGAGGCGCAGGCAGCCAAUGAGGUGCUGAGGUUCGUGGGCAUAGUGGACAUGGCCAAGGGUGGGGCCUCAGUGGAGCUGAGGCGCUACCCCAAGACACACCCGUUUGCCAGCCUCACGGGCAGUGACAACAUGAUCUCCUUCCAGACCGAGCGCUACUUUGACAUGCCCCUUGUGAUUCGAGGGCCCGGUGCUGGUGCUGCUGUCACUGCUGCUGGGGUGUUCACCGACCUUCUGCGCCUCUGCUCCCAUGUUGGUGCUCCUUGCUAA